UGUUUACGGAGAUGGAGAUGAAUCAAAGGAAAAGCGGGUGACAAGUUAUUUAAUUUGCCACUGCAUUUUACCGAUAAAGCAAAUUUAAUUAGUUUCAAGAAAAUGCGUAUGAUAAUCCUGAUGCGUGUAGAAUCCAAAUUUGAGGAGAACUUACAGGCGUUUUGGUUUGAGGAGAUCUGGUGAUGAGGAUCGAACAGAGCAGCGUUUGGAUACUAAUUGUCUCCUUGCUAUGCAUUCUCAGCUGGCUGCCACUCUUCAACGCUCAGCCACGCGGAAUCUCGGCACGCUCGCUAGAUGCGCUUCUUCAAGAUUAUGCUUUCAGGGCUUUCGCUGAGCACCCGAGAACGGGCAUUCCUUAUGACGCCCGCAUUCCCAGCAAUCUUUCAGGAGUUGAAGGCGCAGCAAUGAGGCUUCGGAGCGGUAGCCUCAGAAACAGAGGCGUUAAGAGGUACAAGGAGUUUCAGAUCCCUCCAGGGGUUGCCGUGCAGCCUUAUGUGGAGAGGCUUGGUUUGGUAUACCACAACCUCGGCAACUGGUCUUCUAUUUUGUACCCUUUACCUGGGUUUACUUAUUUAGCUCCUGUCCUGGGUUUGCUGGCCUACGAUGCUUCUGAUUUAUCUGCUUCAAGUUUACCUGAAUUGUACAUAAGAGCAUCCUUGAAACCCAUCUUGAUCAAGUUCCCAAAUUUGACUUCAGCUCCGCCAGCUGAUGGGUUGUCUCCCAAGUGUGUACAUUUUGAUUUACAAGGUUCAGUGCAGUUCGACAAUGUGGUAUCCGGAAAUGCAUGUUCCGCAACUCAACAGGGACACUUCUCUAUAGCUGUCGAGUCUACUGCUCCCUCUCCUGCUCCCAAUACGGCGGCGGUUCUGCCUCCUAAUGCUGGCGGUCGUGGUGGAAAGGGCAACUACUCUAAGGUGUGGACGGUUGUUGGAUCUUUGGUUGGUGUGUUUGCCUUAUUGGGUCUAUUGGUUGUGUUGUUAAUAAGGUGCAAAGACGGGAAGAAGGUGCAGCAAAUGGAAUGGGCAGUGGAUGGGGGUGAAACCUUGCAGAGAACAUCGGUUGGGAAUACCAAGGCGCCAUUGGCAAUGGGAACUCGGACACGACCAGUAUUGGAGACUGAAUAUGUGCCUUAAUUAUUAGGUGAUCGGGAUCCAGCAUUUAUUUGAACAGUUGGAAAGAGAGAUGCUACAAUGUACA